AUGCGUGGUCUUGGAGUAUGGGCUCAGGUCCUUUGCUGUGCAUCAGGAAGUACAAACAGUUGGAGCAUAAGUAUCUCACAUAAGUACUAUAAUACUACACUAUCGGCAAUUGGGAUGUCUCUUCUUUUUUCCCAAGCUUAUGGCAUUGUAUGGAAAGCAAUCGAUCGCAGGACAGGAGAAAUAGUUGCUGUUAAAAAGAUUUUUGAUGCUUUCAGGAACAGAACAGAUGCUCAGAGAACAUUUCGAGAGAUUAUGUUCCUGCAGGAAUUUGGAGAACAUCCAAAUAUCAUCAAGCUGCUUGAUGUUAUCCGAGCUGAGAAUGACAAAGACAUCUACCUCAUCUUUGAGUCCAUGGAGACAGAUUUACAUGCUGUGAUUAAGAAGGGGAAUAUGCUGAAAGAUAUCCACAAGUGUUACAUUAUCUACCAACUCCUGAAGGCAACUAAAUUCAUCCACUCAGGAAAUGUUAUUCACAGAGAUCAGAAGCCUUCAAAUAUCUUGCUGGAUGCAGACUGCUUUGUCAAACUUUGUGAUUUUGGGCUGGCCCGUUCUUUACGUCAGCUGAAUGAGGACCAAGGCAACCCUGCUCUAACGGAAUAUGUGGCGACACGUUGGUACCGAGCCCCUGAGAUCUUACUUUCCUCUCGGAGUUACACUAAAGGUGUAGACAUGUGGAGCAUUGGCUGUAUUCUUGGAGAGCUACUACUUGGGAAACCUCUUUUUCCUGGAACAUCAACAGUGAAUCAAAUAGAGCAGAUCUUGAGGGUCAUUCCUGCCCCAUCCCCAGAAGAUAUUUUGGCUAUGCAAUCAGAUUACAGGGCGUCAGUUAUUAACCACAUGAGUUCCUGGCAGCGAGUAACAUUUGAGGAGAUUUUACCGUCCUCUACUCCAUUGCCUGCCUUGGAUCUUCUGAAGAAACUUUUAGUAUUUAACCCUGAUAAAAGACUCACAGCAGAGGAGGCUCUGCAGCAUCCUUAUGUGAAAAGGUUUCACUGUCCUGCCAGGGAGCCCUCUCUGCAUUAUGAUGUGAUUCUUCCUUUAGAUGAUGAUAUGCAGCUGUCUGUGGCAGAAUAUCGAAAUAAAUUAUAUGAGAUGAUCCUUGAAAAGAAAUUAAAUAGCCAUCCAAAGGAGAAAGUACGGAGAGAAAACAUUCAACUAAGUCAGUCUGAAUCCAGGCCACUUCUUCCAAAUUCCAGUUCUGUGACUUUACCUACCAGGAAAGGCCAGAGAGAACCAACACCACCUCUUCUAAAAACUUCGCAUGUGCAUGCUGGAACUACAACUAGUGUCCAGCCAGAAGUAUCCAGCCGGAGUGAAGAUUUAGCAAGAACUUUAUGUCAGAGAACAAAGAUCAAUGUGAUAUACAAUCCCAUAACACACACUGCUGUUCAAAGUAAUGCAAAUUCUGGUGCUGUGAUCAGGAACUGCUCUGCACCACCUUCUCAACAGGUCAGAAUCUCCAACAAUGGGAAACUGGGGAGACAAAUCACAUGGGCAAACACAAAUGCUCGGCUACCUCCUACAAGUGUACAGAACCUUUACAAUAAUCCAAGAAAUACUCAGUUUCACAGCAAAGAUGUUCGUCCCCUUCUGAAGCCCAGUAAAAAGAUGUUCAAGAUUACUGCAAAUAUGGGAGCUGCCGGUGAUCCAAAAGCAUCAAUGGGCAGUUACUCCCAGGCCUAUGGAACCAUAUGUAAAUCCGCACUGCAGAGUCUUCCAAUAUUGAAGUCCUCCCAACAAAAUGAGCAGUGA